AUGAAGCUGUCGAAUGAGAAGGUGCAGAUCGAGCUGAAGAAUGGAACGGUGGUUGCCGGCACCAUCACCGGCGUGGAUGUGGCCAUGAACACCCACCUGAAGACCGUCAAGCUGGUACCCCGCGGUGGCACCCCUGUGUCCCUGGACCAGAUGUCCCUGCGUGGGAACACAAUCCGCUACUACCUCCUCCCCGACUCCCUCAAUCUCGACACCCUGCUGGUGGACCUGGACCAGGCCAAGACACGACCCAAACGUGCAGAACGGCCGGCAGGAGGAAGAGGGCGCGGCAGGGGGCGCGGCCGUGGCCGCGGAAGGGGUCGUGCUUGA